AUGCUGACUUUAGUCCCGAGAAAAACUACAGUUCUGCUUAAACUGAGGAGUCAAGUAGGUAUCACUUUAGCGUUCCGAUAUACUUCUGAAGCAUCUUGUGCAUUUGCUAGUGUUCAACAUCUAGUUAGAGAGGUAGCAGCAGGAUGGGAAUUUAGGAUGUUGCAUGCAACAACUGCUUCUUUCGUCUUCUUGUGUAUCUUAAUACACAUGUCUCGAGGUAUGUAUAACUCCAGCUAUAGUUAUUUAACUACUGCUUGGAUGUCUGGUUUAGUUUUAUAUCUACUUACUAUAGCCACUGCUUUCCUCGGUUAUGUACUACCAUGGGGACAGAUGAGUUUCUGGGGUGCUACAGUCAUUACUAAUCUCCUUUCUCCAAUACCAUAUUUAGUACCUUGGUUACUCGGUGGAUACUAUGUAUCUGAUGUAACAUUAAAACGAUUCUUUGUAUUGCACUUUAUAUUACCUUUUGUAGGUUGCAUUCUAAUUGUAUUACACAUCUUCUAUUUACAUUUAAAUGGUUCUAGUAACCCUGCAGGUAUUGAUUCCGCACUUAAAGUAGCCUUCUAUCCUCAUAUGUUAAUGACCGAUGCUAAAUGUCUAUCCUAUCUAAUUGGUUUAAUUUUCUUACAAACGGCUUUUGGUUUGAUUGAAUUAUCGCACCCAGAUAACUCCAUACCAGUGAACCGGUUUGUAACUCCGCUUCAUAUCGUACCUGAAUGGUACUUUUUAGCAUAUUAUGCGGUGUUAAAAGUAAUCCCAUCCAAAACCGGUGGUUUGUUAGUAUUUAUGUUAUCAACAUGUCAAUGA